CGCUGUGGCCGUUGGGGAGAUGGCGGCAGCGACCGUGGGUGACAUCGAGCUGCUGGCGGCCAUCGGCUACAAUGGACAUAUCUGCUCUGGCCUGUGCUGCCACCCCGAUGAGAAGCACAUUCUCUAUCCACUGGGAUGCGCAGUGGUUGUUCAAGAGCUGGGCAGCCAGAAGCAGACUUUCUUACGUGGCCACAUGAAUAACGUCUCCUGCCUCAGCGUCUCCAGGGAUGGGCAGUACGUGGCCUCUGGAGAAGCUGCUUUAAUGAACUGCAAGGCAGACAUCAUCCUAUGGGACUUCCAGCAGAAGAAGUUACUUGCCCGGCUGUCACUGCACAAGGGGAGAAUUGAAGCACUAUCAUUUUCUCCGAGCAGCCUUUACCUCGUAUCCCUUGGAGGCCAAGAUGAUGGCAGGGUGGUUGUGUGGCACGUGAGUAAGCAAGAGACUUUCUGCCUGAGCCCUGCCUCAGCACGCAAUGCAGGGAAUGCGACCGUUGUGAUGGGCUCCAGCUGCAGAGAUGAGAUCUUUGUUACUGCUGGAAAUGGGACCAUGCGAGUGUGGGAACUGGAUUCAGUAAAUAGGAAAAUCCAUCUAACGGAGUGCUGGACAGGGCGGCUCAGGAGAGUGUUCACCUGUGUGAAGAUAGCGGAUGACGACAGUUAUUUUUAUGUUGGCACAACAAGUGGUGAUAUCCUGCAAGUAAAUACAAACACCAAGGUGAUGACUAGCUAUGGGCCCGAGAAGAAGACUUUUAGCUCUGGAGUCACAGCUUUGCUUUUGCUGACGACAGGAGAUUUAAUAGUCGGCACCGGAGAAGGGAUUGUAGCUCUCCUUAAAACCUCAAACUACAGAGUGAUGAAGAAAAUCAGCAUUCAAGGUGCUGUCACUUCUCUGACUUGUGGACAUCAGGAUCGCCAGUUCUUUGUAGGGACAAAUGAGUGCCAGAUCUAUCGUAUUAAUGUGGAUGAGUUUAAAGAGGAGCUGAUCACCACCUGUCAUAACGAGGCCGUCCAGGAUAUUGUUUUCCCUUUGGGUAUUUCUGACUUGUUUGCUACCUGCUCCAAGAAUGAUAUCCGCGUGUGGCACACCCCGGAGCACAAGGAGCUCCUGCGGAUCGUUGUCCACAACAGCACCUGCCAUGCCAUAGACAUCCUGAGUGACGGCAACAGCAUCAUUUCAGCUUGGGAUGACGGAAUCCGCUCCUUCACCGCACGUUCUGGCCGGCUCAUGUAUAUGAUUAAUGAUGCCCAUCGCUUGGGAGUGACAGCGAUUGCUGCCACCAGUGAUGGCAAACGGAUCAUUAGUGGAGGAGGCGAAGGGCAGGAUGGGGACUCCACCACCUCCCUGGGCAGCCUCUGCUGGUGCCUGAGAAGCCUUUCAGUGAAGAAAUUUUUCCCAAUAUCCAGUCUGAACCUCGCCUGGCACAACUUGAGGCCAUUCCCUCUCAUCGCUUAUCACUUAGGAGAAGAGACCAACACCCACCUCACCAAAACCUCCUUUCUGGGAGCUGCAGAGAGCGAUGAGAUCUCCCCUCAGCCUCCUCUUCUCCAGACUAAACAGCCCCAGGUCCCUCAGCUGCUCCUCUUAAGAUUUGUGAUGCUGUUCUAAUGUUUAAAUAAUUUAAACACAGGGAGUUUAUUUAUAUUUAAAGUAAAUAAUUAGACUUGGAAGGCUCAUGCUCAGUUUCUUGCUUUGCUUUAGGCUUCUUCUAUGCAGUCUGGCAAGUACUUGGAACCAGACAUUUAAUUGUGCAUGCAUUCCUGUCUGAUUUAACUGCUCUAUGCUUUGUUUGCAUACUCCAAUCUCAAGUGUUCAGUGGGAGAUUAUUUGUGAAGUCCUGAAGAGUGAGGAAUCAAACUUAGUUCUUCCCAAUCCCAGGCCUAUGUCCUAAUCGUUGAACCAUCUUUCUGAAUCUGUCUGCUCCUCGGUUCUCCCAUAGAGCAGCAGCAGCGCUGCCUUGUCUCGCUACGUAAAGACAUUAGAGAUGAUGAGCCAUUUCAACCAGUUGCUAACAAAAGAGCAACUUUGGGUGGUUAACUCUAGAGGAUGGAGAAGAUGAGGACUUCAAUUCUAUAUCAGCACACACGGAAUGCCACCGGCUCUGGGUAGUUGAUCUCUGAAAUGAAAAAGAAGGUGCAACAGAACUGAAGCUAGAGGUUGGUUACGUGCAAAUGAGAACUGCAGGAACCGCAUGCAGUGUUCAUUCACAGCACGAGAAAGGUGUUCUGGAAUGCUAAGGGUUCUGUCAGAAUCAGCCAUCGGAAAGAUGUGACUUUCAGGGUUGCUAAAGGGAUCCAGAUGCUCUGAUCAUUGAGCAAGUGAGAAUGGGGCACCCAGAUCCCAUCAGUAACGCAGCACUGGACCUGAAGAUGUGAAGGUCAGCACUUCUACUUUGGAUGUCAGCAUCUGCCUUUCUAAAUUGUCACUCGGUUUUGACCCUGGCAAAAUGUAAAAGCAAAUUGAUAUCAUGAAGUUGGGCACUAGUGGGAGAGAAAAUGCCAGGUGUGAAAGAUCAGGUACUGGAAGAAUUAAGAUUUUUGCUAUUACCACCACCGGGGAAAGAGGUGUUUGCAAGCACAUAAUUCACAUCAAAGAUUUAAAGAGCUGGUUUGUAUUUACUUGCUGGCAUUAUAGGUAGCACAGAUAGAAUCACAGAAUGCUGGAAUGGUUUGUUUUGGAAGGGACCUUAAAGCCCAUCCAGCUCCAACUCCUGCCAUGGGCAGGGGCACCUCCCACUGGAUCAGGUUGCUCCAAGCCCCAUCCAACCUGGCCUUGAACACCUCCAGGGAUGGGGCAGACACGACUUCUCUGGGCAACCUGGACCAGGGCCUCCCCACCCUCACAGGAGAACAUUUCUUCCCAAGAUGUCAUCUCAAUCUUCCCUCUCAGCUCAAAACCAUUCCUGCUCAUCCUGUCCCUGCACUCCCUGAUCAAGAGCCCCUCCCCAGCUUUCCUGGAGCCCCUUUCAGUACUGCAAGCUGCUCUAAGAUCUCCCCUGUUCUCCAGGCUGAACAACCCCAACUUUCUCAUAGUAGACAGCUUUAAGCCUUGGUCUUCAGUCUUUAAAGAACUACUGGAAAUACAUCAUGGACAAGAUGCUUUUUCCUGAGAGAGAGACGAGUAAACUGAAGCAUAGGAGAGUGGGAACUUGGCAAAAAGAAGGUCUGGGGUUAAUGGUCAGAAGUUCCUGAACCAAGUGGGUUACAUGCUCAAGAACUCAGUUCAGUGUUAUGAGUCAUCUGCAUGAAUAACCCACAGGAAAAUAGAGAUGAUCCCUUGAAAUUCAAUUCCAAAUCAGUUCCUGUAUGUGUUAUAAGAGAAACAUGGAGCUCAGGAAAACCGUAGGCAUCCUCCUGAGCUCAGCUGGGACCAGGUUGAGACCAGAACAAAUGUCUGUUGCUGAUUUUCAGGUGAAGGUUUGGGACAUCCAUGAGAAGAGUCAAAAACUGGGGGAGAUUCUGAACGCACACAGAUCUGCUGUGUCUUGCAUUAAGAUCAAGAAGAAUGACCAAGAGUUUAUCACAGCCGGCCUUGACGGGACCU